CCCAAAAUAUCUCGCUUCUUCCCCUCCACUGUCACCGGUCCAUCUUCCUCCUGUCUCCCCUUCCAACCUAUCUCCGCACCAUCAUUUGGCCUCGUCCAGGAACAGCUCGCCCAUGACCCCUUCCGCCUUCUCAUCGCAACCAUAUUUCUCAAUCGCACGCGUGGCCACGUCGCACUCCCCGUCCUUUUCCGCGUCUUCGACUGCUACCCCUCCAUCUCGGCCUUCGCAGCCGCCGAUCCAAUCGCACUGACUGAAUUGAUUCGAUGCCUGGGCUUCCAGCACCAACGCGCUAAGAAAUGCAUUACCCUGGCACAAACCUGGCUUGCCCGGCCGCCUGCCCGUGGUUCUCGGUACCGCAAAUUACAUUACCCAAAUCCCAACGAUGGCCGUGAUGUCCGCCGCGAUGAGUGUCUAGAUGAUGAGGACGAGCGCGUAGCGUGGGAGAUUGCACAUUUGCCAGGCGUGGGCGCAUAUUCGUUGGACAGCUGGAGGAUCUUCUGCCGGGACGAGCUGAGGGGAGUCAAUCAGGAGGACGGCACGUUUGUGCCCGAGUGGAAGAAAGUGUUGCCGAAAGAUAAGGAGCUGCGGGCGUAUUUGACCUGGAUGUGGCUGAAGGAGGGUUAUGUUUGGGAUUGGCUCACGGGGAAGAGGACGAUGGCAAGCGAGAAGGUGAUGAGGGCGGCUGAGAAGGGUGGGAUUGCAAGAGAGGUUGAUGAUGGGAAUUGGAUGCUGGAGACGUCGCCGGUUAAGAAG